UCUGUGACGGGCGGACGCGUCACCUGUUCGAUAAAAAUAAACCACCGUCGUGUCAACCUUUGUUUAAAAAUAUUCAGUAUUUUACUAUAAAUAUUACGCAACGUGGUAGAAAAAGUAAUUGAAAACAAAUCGCGCAUUAGAAAACAGUGAAACUGGCAGGUGACUUGUCAUACGUGUGUCGCUUAGUGAUUCCCGCAUAGUCGUUCGAGCAUGAAUAAAGUAGGAGUAACCAGUGAUAGCGUCGCUUUUCAAUCGGGAGAGGCUUGGUGAUAAAGGCACAGUGUUUCAAAAAUAUUACUAGGAAGGUGUGAUGAGUCUGCGGUGACGGUUCGCUUGGAUGGCGGCUGUAAGUGGCCCCGCGCGGCACUCUCGUGUCUCGAUGAGUGUGUCCAUGUCCCUGAUGCAGGGCGCGGGCGGUACGCAGAAUGCGCCCCAGGGCGCCAUCCUGGCGGCUGCGGCGCCCUACUACCAGACACCGGCCAUCCCGACCGACGUGCUGCCUGACCGCCCCAUAGGCUACGGUGCCUUCGGUGUCGUAUGGGCUGUGACGGACCCUCGCGAUGGGCGCCGCGUCGCCCUCAAGAAGCUGCCAAACGUAUUCCAGUCGCUAGUCUCAUCCAAACGAGUGUUCCGGGAAUUGAAGAUGCUCUGUUUCUUCAAACAUGAAAACGUACUAUCGGCAUUAGACAUCCUGCAGCCGCCAAGCCUCGACUUCUUCCAAGAAAUAUACGUCAUCACCGAGCUGUUGCAGAGUGACCUGCACAAGAUCAUUGUCUCUCCGCAGCAUCUCUCCGCCGACCACAUCAAAGUCUUCCUCUACCAGAUACUUCGAGGUUUGAAAUACUUACAUUCAGCGCGCAUUCUCCAUCGCGACAUCAAGCCGGGCAAUCUUCUGGUGAACAGCAACUGUGUGCUCAAGAUCUGCGACUUCGGGUUGGCCAGGGUCGAGGAGCCGGACUCUACGAAGAACAUGACGCAGGAGGUUGUCACGCAAUACUACAGAGCACCAGAGAUUCUUAUGGGAGCGAAUCACUACACGGCCGCGGUGGACGUCUGGUCAGUCGGAUGCAUCUUCGGCGAGCUUCUUGGCAGACGCAUUCUAUUCCAGGCUCAAAGUCCCGUGCAGCAACUGGAGCUGAUCACAGAGCUGCUGGGUACUCCGUCUCUGGAGGACAUGCGUCACGCGUGCGCCGGCGCGCGAGCUCACAUGUUACGUCGUGCGCCGCGUCCGCCCGCCCUCGCCGCGCUCUACACACUGUCCGUGCAGGCCACCCACGAGGCCGUGCAUCUACUGGCGCAGAUGCUGGUGUUUGACCCGGCGAAGCGUAUCACGGUGGUGGACGCGCUGGCUCACCCGUACCUGGAGGAAGGGCGGCUGCGGUACCACUCGUGUAUGUGCAAGUGUUGCUACAGCGCGCCGGCCUCGGCCCGUCACUACUCGCCCGACCUGGAGCCAGUCGCGCCGCAGUCCUUCCACGACGGUUGGGAGAGGAAACUCACCUCCGUACAUCAGGUCAAAGAGGAGAUUCACAAGUUCAUAGCGGAGCAGCUUCAGACGUCGCGGGUGCCUCUCUGCAUCAAUCCCCAGUCUGCCGCGUUCAAGAGCUUCGCAAGCUCAACAGUCGCACAUCCAUCUGAGCUGCCCGUCGCCGCACCAAUGGGAAUGACGCGAGUGUAAGCGUGGCUUCGACAAGCGACGCGCUCUCUACACCGACGCACGAUGAAAACUUUCCUUUGUUUUUUAAAAUUCUGUUCUAACGCGUUAAGCUUUAAGGAAAGAUUUUAAAUUUAAGUCAUUGAUCAAUGUCUGACUAUAUUAUAUUUUAAAUUAUCAUAAUUAUUCAAAUUUAAUUGCUAAUAAUGCUUUAUAAAUAUAUUUUCAAAGAUAUAUGAUAUAGCUCUUAGGACACUUUUAAUGUGUCAAAUACAAGUAAUUAUUCUUAUAGAAAAUUUGAUGUUGUAAGUUUCGUAUGUGUGUAACGUUAGUAUUUUAUUCAAAUUUUCACUUAAUAAUUACAAUAAUUAUAUAUAUUUCUCAAUAAAUGCAACAUAAUUGUACAAGUAUUAACACCAAUUGAUACAUAGUUUAGCGAUUUGAUAUUAUAUUUACUUAGAUAGAUUUUAUGUAUGCGAUUGUAAAGAGUAACAUAGUUUGUAUUCAAUAUGUACAUCGUUUAACACAUUUACAGAAUAAAACGAUGAUGACGUACAAUAGAAACCUUAUUGCCUUAUAAUUAUUGCAUUUUAAAAUCAUAUUAUAAAUAGAAUGUACUAAAAUCAUCAGUGAUAUAUAAAAAGACAGAGUAUAGCUUUUCUUAUUGCGUUAGUCGCAGUCGCAUGUAAGAACGACUUGUGUCGCUAGUUCGCUCGACGCGAGAUUUUUGGUGUUUAAUAUUUUUGAAACUAUUAUAGGGUUUGGUGUAUAGUUUAGUAUGUUGUGUACUGGAUAGGGACAGAUAAUAUGUUAGAUAUUAAUUGUUGUGGAUUAAAAGAAAAAAGUGAUUUUCAAAGUGGCAUUUCGAAUCCAACGCGAUACAUACGUAUCAAAUUUUAUAAGUCACAUGAAUAUGAAUAUUUUUUUCUUUUAAUUCACAACAAUAUGUGACGAGUUACAACGAGUGUGGCAAUGCGAGGCUUUUUAGCAAAUUAGUCGAAUGUAUUUCUCGUGAUGUUGGUAGAAAUCGGUAGGAUAAUGAGUAAUUAGAGGAAAUGUGAAAAGGUUAUAGUGUGCGCCUGAUUGUGGAAUAAAUACGUUGCGAGCAAUAAAUGUUGCAAUAUAUGUUAUAAGGUGGUAAAUAUUGAUUUUAUGAUGAAUCCGUUUUGUUGUCUAUCUCGUACCGAGUUGCGUUAGUUCGAGAUUUGUGCCAAUGAAUCUCCCAGCGGCUGUACAUGGCUCAUGCUUUCCUGAACACAUUUGUAUGUAACUUUGACUGACAUAUUUAGUUUAGAUAAUAAUAAUAUUAUUAUUAUUUUUAUUAUUUAGUAAUUUGUAACCUUCUAGUGCUGUAGGUACGUAGCGGUAUAUAUGAUUAAUACGACUUCGAGCAUUUAUUAUUUAGACUUAAGGAUUUUGUGUGCGUGGUUUUUGUAUGUGUUCGGUCAAGUUCAAUUGUGUAUUGCACUUGUCGAAAUCGAUGUCCUAUUGUGUUUAAAUGACGACAUGAGCAUUCGUAUCGCAUUGAAAAAUCGAAUGCCUUGAGACAUUUGUUUAUUGAUUAGAGCACUUGCAUUUUGUUUACUAUUCUAUGUGAUUUUGUAAACUAACAGGUAAGCGGUUUUACAAUGAGAGCAUUAUAGUAUAGUGACGUGUGAUUGACGAAAUAAGUAGCCUUAAACUAGUUCAAAACUGUAUUACAAAUAGAGAAUAAAAUCUGUAUAUAAAUUGUGUAGUAUAUAAUAUAGAUUAAAGUGAAGUUUGGUAUACUGUAACAUUAUUUGGGACACCCACUUAUGCGAACGGCGAUAUUUCUGUACAGUCACGCGAUAAAAUCAAGACACUGUUUAUUCAAACUGAUUUUUUGCGUGACUGUACAUUAACACAGCCUUUAUGGUACAAACGGAUAAACGGCCAACUGUUUUAUAUACUUUUGAACUUAUUAUAUUUUUUGUUUGAUUUUUUAACUUUGUGAUGUAAAUAAUAAAGAUGUUUUUGUCCUGCGUGCCUGAUGCGUGCACGUACGCACACUGCGUUCAAGUUGGUCGUCCCAUAUCUCAUCAUGCCUUAAAUGAAAUAAUUGUCACUGUGAUUUUUAAAUGUUCAUACACAACCUCACCUAGAAUUAUUAUAUUCAAUGUUAUUGGCUGUUUGUAACAAUGUUGGACGCGUCGUGCAUACGAUAAUACGAUAGUUUGAAUCAGUCUCGAAACUGCGAUAGAAUUAGCUGAUAAAUAAAACGCUGUAAAUAUAUCGGACGUUGUACAGUGAUAAUAACGCUUUGUGUUAACUGUACGUAUUUCGUUUCCAGACUUUCAGAGAUCUCGUAUGUUUUAAGUUUUAAGUACACGAUUAUUUUCUUUCCAAUUUAAGCGCGCACUUAGUUAAUUGUAUUUUAAGUUGUUUUAAGCAUGGUGAUUUCUUUUCGGUUUGGUCAGUCAUUUGUCCUUUUAGCGAUGUAAGCGAACUCGAAUCACAAAAGUCAGUUGGUUUUGUUCUUGUGUAAAUAUUAGACGUUUAUGAAUGGUUUACUUUUAAUUCGGGAACUGCCUCUCGUCUUAGUCCUCUCUUUUACUUAAGUUUAUUUUAAAUAAAACACAAAAAAAAAAUACAAAACACGAAAAAACUACAUGUUUUUACGGUAGAACUGUUACGCACUGUAAAUAUGUGAGCGUUGUUUUAAGUUACUAUUAAAUAUAGCGUUCGUAUGGCUGUAUGUAUAACGAGUGGAGAUUCCUCUCGGGACAACUAGUGUCUAUUUUAAGUUGAGAGUUUCUCGGUGACGAUCUUAUCCGUGUAAUUUAGUGGUUAGUUUGAUUUCUAGUAUUUUGUGAUUUAGAUUCGGACAGGAUUACUGUAAAUAUAUUUGUAUCGCUGUCAUGUUAGAUGCAACAGUCGCCGUCAAAGCAGGUUCUACGAAAAGUACAAGGUCACAGAAUAAAUACGAGUAGUGCAGUAGUUUUUUAUUCAACACUUUUUAAAGCAAUAGCUACUUUGUCUAAAGCAAAUACAAAUCAUUUUAAAUAGAACUCAGUUCGUAGCUAUCGUGGACUCACAAUACAUUGAUAAUUUCGUUUACGCACACUAACAUCCAGUUGUGUUCGGUACUUACUCAGGGGUGACGCGCGCUCAAAAGACGCUACUUAGCUGUGUACUGUAAGAUCAAAAAACAAUCUGACAAAACGAAAGAAAGAAUUUAAUACUUAGCCUAAUUAUUAAAUAUACAUACCUAGGUUUUGUUACUCAAUUUUUUUGCUUGUUUUGAGAAGAGUUUUACUCCAAUCAAAUUAGCAAACAAAUGAAAAUAAGUACCGAUGACUUAAAUAAAGGAAACGCACCGAAACGCGCGUCGGUGUGAGUUAUUGACAACCGACUAACUUGUCUACCUCGAGGGUUCCACGCGCCUGUAUAUAUUUAUACGCGCGGAGUGACACACUGAAUUGUUUAUGAAAAUACUAACCUCUCAAGAUGAUAAUUAAUCCAAGUUUAUUUUAGUCUUCAGGGAAAAAUAGUAAGUCAUUAUUAUUAUUAAUAACAUGUCAAAUAUUGCUCAAGCAUAUUUUCUCUCAAGAACUUUUGAUAAGCUUAAAUUAUUUUUAGCGAAAGUUUAUUGUGGGUAAACUCUUUAUAAGAAACUUUUAACUGGCUAAUCUUUUUGUCUCACAUCUUUUUAUUUUGACAAGCUCACAACUUUCACCGACAAUUCGAUAAAGGAUGUGAUAUAAAAAACAGUGACCUGAUAAUAAGUGGCGAUAGUUCAUUUGUACGUGGAGUACUAGAACCUGAUUUGAUGUAUUAAGGUUUUCACAGACGUAGACGGUUGCGGUAAAGGUGAUAAAUAAAAACAAAAAUGGUAAUAAAAUCCGUACCAACAAUAUGUGCUUCAUCCAUAAACUGCUAUUUCUCGUGAAGAUCAAUUAUAGCUUGUAGGUAUGUUUUGUUUUCAAUUUUCAUUCAAGACUCCAUUCGAUUACGAAACUGGAUGAUAAUUUCUAGUAAUUAAAAAACACUAGAUUUAUUUUAAAGUAGAGUGGGUAAACAUGCUCAGUGAAUCAAAUAAUGUGUAUUUUUGCGGUAAGGAGCAACGUAUUAGUGACCGCAAUCUAACAAGCGUAACUUCGAUUCAGCUAACAUCGCAACCGUAGAUCCCGGCUGUGUGUGAGAACCAUAACGUAGCGGCUAUACAAUAGCGUACUGCCAAAACAAUUGUCAUAAUUUUAUAGCCUCGUGUACCGACCGACACGGAUAAUAGCGAUAUCUCACUUUAUUCAAUUCACGAUGUUUACAGACAGAGGGACAAGUAUUAGUAAGACAAUGUAAAAGAAACUGAAUAUAGUUUUUUUUAAACCAGCCUAGCUAACAAGUGAUGAAUGCAUAUUCGAAAUUGUGAAAAUAUUAAAAAGAAUUCCUAACAUUCAGACUGAAUUUCCAAUAUUUCUUCAAGUUAUUUUAACGCAAGUAUAACUUGUGAUUUUAUUACUACUACUCAUCACUUUCACGUUCGCUGUCCACUGUAUAGACAAAAAUGAUAUAGAGCAAUUAUUUAAUUUAAUGCUUCGAUAAUUUAUAUGUCUACAUACUCGUAGGUUUAAACACAGCGAUGGACUGUUAAUCUCUAUUUGCAGCAAACGCACGAACUUUAAUACAAUUUGACUGACGUAUCGCGAGUUUAAUAAGUAGCUGUCAUGCACACUAAAGUAAUAAACCUUGCCCUUUUGUAAUGCGUUGCCUAACAGAAAGAGGCUCUAUCUGGACAUAUAAAUUAUCAAAGGUACAUGUUUCUCUUUUGCAUUAUAGCGAUGUUGUUUAACCAGCAAGGCCUCUGCUAAAUUUCAAACAAACCUCAUUUAUUGAUUAAAAUACCAACGUUUAAAUUUCCCCUUCUACUUUGAACGAAUUCAACACGAUCUCAAUGUAUUUGUUAUAUAGUCUUAGGCAUCUCAGGCAAUCUAUAGAGCAUACCUAGAAUCUGCUCAGACUUUACUCACGUAAAACUUAGCUGAGUUCAAGAUUAGCACAAUUUUUCAUUUGGUAUUUAUGGUCAUUAAUUGACAGCAUAUUAUGCUAAGCUAAUGAAAAAUACAUAUUAUAACUAACGGACCGGACAGACGUUGUUCUGUAUACACAUGUUAAAUUUGAAAAAUCGGUCCAGACGUUAGAAGGAGUUCACUAACAUGUGUAGGAGAAUUAUAAGUCGACUGUAUUGAGAAUCUAAACCAAACUCAAAGUCACUGGAACACUUUAAAAUAAUCAUCAAAAUCGGUCCAGCCAUAUAGGAGGUAGUUCAAUUGCAUAUCUAAACCAUCCUCGAAUCCACUUGAACACACACAGAAAAUUUCAUUCAAAUUUAUUUAGCUGCUUAUGAGGAGUUCACUGUCAACACACGUACAGAAGAAUUAUAUAAUUAUAUAAAGAUAAGCACUUUUGAUUACAUACAGUACAUUCUCGAUAAUUCCUAAACAUUUGAUACUAGAAAAGAUUAUUUAUUUAAAAUAUAACUACAUAUAUUGCCAUUAAUCCAAAUAUCGUAUAUAACUGAUUUUAUUGUCAGUAUUUCAGGUAAUUAAUUGCACAUUAACAUUUUUUUAAAUCUGAACCCGCGAUAUCCAUUAUUCCAUGUAAUCCAACCGAUUCUUGUAUUAUACGGAUAUUUUAAAAAGUCGGACAGCAGUUGUGUUUACGUAAGGGAUAAGCCUAAGUCGUCGAUUUGGUCGAGUUAAGUGAGAACUAAGCGAUGUUUAUAAUUAAUGUGGACUUAGACUCAUCUCGCUUGAUAAGUCUGAGCAAAGUCUUAGUACGGUCUCAUCUCAGCCUUAUACAGCAACACUGCCAUUGUUACGUAGUAAUAAAGUCUUCAUAGUAUGAAUCAAACGUUCUUUGUUGAAGUUAAAUAAUUUGUCAAUAUUUUAUUGAUAGCCAAUCAUGAAUAACUGACAUCAUGUAUAGAAUUCUCUAUGUAUAGAAAUGGAACUAAGUAAUCAUUCAAAACACCCUCUGUUUAAUGCAAACGGUAUAUAAAAAAAGAGUUGUUAAGACCUUGGAUAGUUUAUUUGUCUAGAUAGAGCCUCUUACUGCUAGACAACCGAUGAAAACAGGCCAGGUUUAUAACUUUAGUGUGCGUGAUAAGCUACGUCUUAUGGCUCGCGAUUUGUACGUCACUUUAGUUUCCAAAGCUGUCACAGUCUAUCUAGACGUAUAAAAGAUCUAGGGUUAAGACAUUACAGUUAAUAUGCGAACCCCCAAAUUAAUUAUUAGGUAAUAUGUGCAGGUCAUAUGAAGGUCACGUCACAAAUACUUCCACACCAUAUUGUCACGUGUAAUACGUAAAUUGUAAAAUGUCUUGUAACUAAUUCUAAUGAAUGAAUCGUUAGUUGUGUGUUCGACUAUUGUAUUGAUUAUAAGUGAGAAUUUCUAGAUAUCUGUGUAGUUAUUGUAGCGUCCGCCGAGUGUCGCGGACGGGUCAACAAUAAAACUUGCAUCAUUGUA